UGACUGCUCGGGGUUUUUUUUUCUAGUUUUGUUUUUAUUUUAUUUUUUUAAACUGGGAAAACCUAUGUGUAAUCAUGCUUAUUUUACACUCGUGAGUGAGGUCGCAAGUCAUUCAUGAUUUUUUAUAACUGUGUUCCAAGAAGGCGAGAAACAAUGGAUGUUGUUCUUUUUUCAUUUUUCCUAAUAUUUAUUAAAGAGGCUCACGCAUCCCGGUAUGGCAUUGCCAACAACCUUCAGCCUUAUAUGCCCAAUGUGUGUGUGGAGAGGGAGGUGACGCUGGUUGCCCAGAGGCAGCCGUGUGUGCAGGCCUUCACACGUAUGGUCAAAGUUUGGAAGCAAGGCUGCCUGGGACAGACUUGGUGCAUGGGAUAUGAAAGGAGGACGGCGUACUACACUGCUUACAGACAAGUGUACCGACAGGAUUAUCACACUGUGUACAAGUGUUGCCCUGGAUGGUCUCAACUCAAUGGAGAAGCUGGUUGUCUCUAUCCGGUAUGUAGCUACGGGGUGUGCUUCAACGGCGGCCAGUGUCGAGAAGGAUCCACCCAGCUUUGUGAUUGCCCCCCCGGGUUCAAUGGGCCCAGCUGCCAGUAUGAUGUGAAUGAGUGUGAAGAGACCAACGGGGGCUGUGAGGCUCUCUGCUGUAACACCAUUGGUAGUUUCUACUGCAGGUGUCCACCUGGCCAGAAACUGAAUGAGGACGGCAAGACCUGUCAGGAUAUUGAUGAAUGCCAGGUCCAUAAUGGAGGCUGCCAGCACAGAUGUAUUAACACCCGGGGCUCCUACUACUGUGAAUGCAACCCUGGCUCUCGCUUGCAUGUUGAUGGGCGCACCUGCCUCGCUGUCCACUCCUGUAGCAUCAGCAAUGGGGGAUGUGAGCACUACUGCGUGCAGCAAUCUCCUGCUCACUUCCGCUGCCGCUGCAAGCCGAAUUACGUGCUGGCGGAGGAUGGCAAGCACUGUAAACUGCAGAAUCCCUGUGCGGAUCAGAACGGAGGUUGCAUGCACGAGUGCCGGGUCGAUGGUGGCAAAGCUCACUGCGACUGUAAAGCCGGGUUCAUCCUGGCAGAGGAUGGGAAAACCUGUGAAGAUAUUGAUGAGUGUGAGACGGAGGCAGCAAACUGCGCCCAUGGCUGCCACAACACGCUGGGGUCCUACGCCUGUGUGUGUAACACUGCCUAUGAGCUGGGAUCUGAUGGCAAGCAGUGUUACAGAAUUGAGAUGGAGAUAGUGAACAGCUGUGAGAACAACAAUGGCGGAUGUUCCCACCACUGCCAACACUCGACCAGCGGGCCUGUUUGCUCCUGUAACCAAGGUUACAGGCUGGAUGAUGACCUCAAAACCUGUGUUGACGUUGAUGAGUGUGGAGAGCAGAGUUCCUGCUGUGAGCAAGAUUGCACCAACUACCCCGGAGGUUAUGAAUGCUACUGCUCAGCAGGAUACAGGCUCAACUCAGACGGAUGUAGCUGUGAUGAUGUAGAUGAGUGUCUAGCAGCUAACGGUGGCUGUGAUCACACAUGCCAGAACAAUGCCGGGUCCUUCCAGUGUUUCUGCCGGCGGGGCUUCCGUCUGGACGAGGACCGGCGUUCCUGCAUCCCACUGGAAGAUGCUAUCGAGGCUCUGUCCAGCGGAGGUGCCGUUGAACUGCCUCUUGUUCGCCCUCAGCUGACCUUGCUGCAGGACUACAGCCAACCCCUGGAGCGCUAUGACGACUACGAAGAUGAUGAGGGGGAGCUGAGGGCCGAGAGUAACCUGGCAGAGAAAUUCGUGUGUCUGGAUGACACUUUCGGCAAUGACUGCAGCCUGACCUGUGAUGACUGCUCUAAUGGAGGGAAGUGCACUCCAGAGAGAAAUGGCUGUGACUGCCCCGACGGAUGGACAGGCAUCAUCUGUAACCAGACUUGUCCCGAGGGGCAUUUUGGUAAGAACUGCUCCUUCCCCUGUAAGUGCAAGAAUGGUGCCAGCUGUGAUCCAGUCACUGGGAGCUGCCGCUGCCCGCCUGGGGUCAGUGGAGACUUGUGCCAGGAUGGCUGUCCCAAGGGCUUCUAUGGGAAGCAAUGCAAUAAGAAGUGUAACUGUGCCAACAACGGGCGCUGCCACCGGACCUAUGGAGCCUGUCUUUGUGAUCCAGGGCUUUACGGAAGGUUCUGCCACCUGCCUUGUCCCAAAUGGGCCUUUGGACCUGGCUGCUCCGAGGAAUGCCAGUGUGUCCAACAGAACACUUUGGAAUGUCACCGUCGCCACGGCACCUGUGUCUGUAAACCGGGUUACCAAGGCAACACGUGCAAGGACGAAUGUGACCCAGGUACCUACGGGGCAGGCUGUGAGAAGAAGUGCUCCUGUCUGCCGGGAGUGUCUUGUGAUCAUGUGACCGGGGAAUGCCAACGCAAAUGCCCUCCCGGUCGCCGCGGGGAGAACUGUGAUCAAGACUGUCCAGAGGGAAGGUUUGGAGAGGGCUGUGCACACCCUUGUAACUGCACCGGCGCCCCAUGUGACAAAGUGACGGGACAAUGCAAGUGUCCAGCGGGAACGUCAGGAAAGCACUGCGAGAGCUUGUGUCCAGAUGGCUUCUGGGGUCCAGGCUGUAAGGAAACCUGCCCGGCCUGUGAGAAUGGCGGUGUGUGUGACAAACACAACGGGUCGUGCAACUGUCCUCCAGGGUUCAUGGGCCGACUCUGCCAGAACUCAUGCCCUACUGGACGUUUUGGACAGGGAUGCCAAAUGAAGUGUGUGUGUGAGAACAACGCUCGCUGCCACCAUGUGACUGGGCGCUGUACCUGCGCCCCUGGAUGGACCGGACACAACUGCAGGAAAGCCUGUGAUGCAGGACACUGGGGCGUGGACUGUGCUGAAGUCUGUGACUGUAGGAACGGAGACGGCAGCUGCGAUGCUGUGACCGGCCAGUGCAACUGUGAGGCCGGCUACACUGGAACACACUGCCAUCAGAAAUGCACACCAGGUACAUUUGGUCUUGGUUGUCGCCAUCGGUGUCAGUGUGACAACAGGGCAUCGUGUGACCAUGUGAGUGGAGCUUGCACCUGUCAGGUGGGAUGGACCGGAACCUACUGUGAAAAGCCCUGUCCCCAGGGUUUUUAUGGGCUGGAAUGCCAGGAGAAGUGCUUGUGUCUAAACGGCGGAAGCUGUAACCACGUCAGCGGGGUUUGUUCCUGUCCCGCUGGCUGGAUCGGUCCAUACUGCAACCUGACAUGCCCAACGGGUUUCUAUGGGGAAGGAUGUAACCAAACCUGUAAUUGCCAUAACAAUGGCAUCUGCCACCCGGCAAGUGGACAGUGUGUGUGCACACCAGGCUGGACUGGACCCAACUGCACAGAAGAAUGCCCUUCAGGUUUUUAUGGAGCAGACUGUCGGCAGCGCUGCUUGUGCCAGAAUGGAGCUACCUGUAACAAGACCAAUGGAAAGUGCACAUGUGCCAGCGGGUGGAUGGGCACAGCCUGUGAACUGGAGUGUGGAGUGGACCGAUUCGGGGCAGAAUGCCAGCACAAGUGUGAGUGUGAGAACGGCGGCCAGUGUGAUAGACAGACUGGACAGUGCAGCUGUGGUCCAGGCUGGGUUGGAGAGCGCUGUGAGAAAGCGUGUGAGGCAGGCCGGUUUGGUGCAGGCUGUGAGGAGCCAUGUCAGUGUGAACACAAGGCUUCAUGUCAUCACAUCACUGGAGACUGCCUGUGUCCACCAGGGUGGAGAGGAAAACUGUGUGACAAAGCAUGUUUGCCUGGUACCUAUGGGGAAGGGUGCAUGCAGCGCUGCAGCUGCCCUCAGGGCACAUCCUGCCACCACGUGUCUGGAGAGUGUGGCUGCCCUCCUGGAUUCACAGGAAACGGCUGUGAACAGACAUGUCUUCCAGGGACAUACGGGCUCAACUGUAACCAGGUCUGCCAGUGCUCAGAGGCCAACCAGCUCUGCCACCCGGUGUCUGGGUCAUGUUACUGCGCCCCGGGCUUCCAUGGCCCUAAGUGUGACCAAAAGUGUGGAGAGGGUCAUUACGGGCCCAACUGUGACCGAGAGUGCCAGUGUCAAAACGGUGGGAAGUGCCGCCCCACCACGGGCACGUGUGAAUGUCCAGCAGGAUUUAUAGGAGCACACUGCAAUAUCACAUGUCCAGCCGGGCGUUAUGGGCUGGACUGCACUCGGGUGGCGCUGUGCGGAGACGGAGCCCAGAACGACCCGGCCACUGGCAGGUGUGUUUGCAGCCCCGGGCGCAGAGGAGAAGACUGCGGACAUGGGUGUGCUCCAGGCUGGUUUGGCGUCGACUGUGUCCACCGCUGUAACUGCAGUAACGGAGGAGUGUGUGACUCUGUGACCGGCAACUGUACCUGUGGUCUGGGCUGGACGGGUGCACACUGCAACAGAGAGUGUCCUAUGGGAACAUUUGGUGCCAACUGCCAGCUCAAGUGUGACUGUCGAAAUAAUGGCACGUGUGACAGGGUGACAGGGACGUGCCAGUGUGGGCCGGGCUAUUACGGACAUCUGUGUGAACAUGCCUGCCCCCCCGGUCUCCAUGGCCCGCUGUGCCAGCUGCAGUGUGACUGUAUGAACGGAGCCUCCUGUCAUCCUGCAUCAGGCCAGUGCGUCUGUCCUCCAGGAUACCACGGAGCCCGCUGUCACAGAGAGUGUGAACAGGGCACGUACGGCCUGGGCUGUGCCAAGGUGUGUGACUGUGAGGAGGGAACUCCAUGCGAUCCUGUGACGGGACGAUGCCUCUGCACCUCUGGGAAGACUGGAGCCAGAUGCGACAUUGACUGCAAAGCUAACCGCUUCGGGCCAGACUGCACAGAGACCUGCCAGUGUGAGAACGGGGCGCACUGUGACCACCGGAACGGCCGCUGUACCUGCCUCAACAGCUGGAUCGGACUAACAUGUCAGGAAGGAGGGCCCCCGCGCCUCACCUACAGGAGCAGCAGAGGAGACUCACAUCAGGACAAUGCAUUAUAGCACCUCCACCGAGUUGGACGACUCCAACAAACUGGGACAGAUUGUGUUAACGUUUACUGAAGUGACUCCAGUGAAUACGAGCAGAGACAUUCCUCUACCUUGGGACGGGGUGUUGGGGCCGCUGUGGGUGGCUGAAGA